AGUAGUGACGGGCAAGCAUGCAUAGUAAGCGAAUAGAAGAGGAUGCGCACAUCACGCCAUCAUAAUCUUCCACAUGUACAAGCCGGUAGUAGUCGAAAACGUGGGUGGUGCUAUUAAUUGACAAUUGCAUUUGAGUUAUUAUCAAGUGCGUGCUUAAACUGUUUGACAUAUAUACUUCUUUAACACUUACGGAUCCAGGAAAUGUUCAAUAGCGUUACAAAUGUGUCGGAUACAAUCUAGCGCGCGGCCAGCUCGUUUCAUCUAAACUGUACUUGUCAUCAUAAUCAUAAUGGUAGCGGGAGAGUUGCUUCAAGAACAACAUAUUUUGCCCGAAAAAACACCUGGCGGCGGUGUCACUGCCUGCGAGACGCCUGAUGGAGGAAAUACAGAACACUACAAGACGCUUUCCAAUGGCUCCGUUCAUAUAACUUUGGAUCCAAAGGUGCUGGAGCAGGAGCUUCCAGCACCGGAUGAAAAAGACGCGAUGCUACCCGACGACCAGAAUAAACCUUUGGAAACCAAACGGUACUUGUCGAGGUUCGCUGUACUGGCGGUGUUCAGCCUUUAUUCGCUCGUCAACGCCUUUCAGUGGAUCCAAUACGGCAUCAUCGCAAACAUCUUCACGAACUAUUAUAAUGUAUCAGACGUGAUGGUUGACUGGCUCUCCGUGGUCUAUAUGGUCGCGUACGUGCCCUUGAUCUUCCCCGCUACAUGGUUGUUGGAUAAAAAGGGACUGAGGAUGACAGCGUUAUUAGGGGCCGGGCUGAGUGCAGUGGGGGCUUGGGUGAAAUGCGCCAGCGUGGGUCCUAAUCUCUUUUGGGUCACCAUGACCGCACAGAUUAUAUGUUCUGUGGCACAGGUGUUUAUUUUGGGACUCCCCUCCAGAAUCGCAUCGGUGUGGUUCGGGCCCAGUGAAGUUUCCACGGCGUGUGCCACUGCUGUGUUAGGCAAUCAGCUUGGUGUGGCUAUUGGUUUCCUGCUGCCACCUGUUCUGGUUCCCAAUACUGCAGAUGACAAAGAGCUCAUGGGCCACAACAUCAGCAUAAUGUUUUAUGGGACAGCUGCAAUUUCAACUCUGCUCUUCUUUUUAACUGUAUUUGUCAUUAAAGACAAACCUCCACUUCCACCCAGCAAGGCCCAAGCUGUACUCUGCGGAAUACCUGAUGAAGAUUAUUCAUACAAGAAGUCCAUCAUCAACCUCUUCAAGAACAAGCCAUUCAUUCUGCUUCUCAUUUCUUAUGGCAUUAUGACGGGCACAUUCUACUCCGUAUCUACCCUCUUAAAUCGAAUGAUAAUUACUCACUAUCCGGGUGAAGAGUUAAAUGCUGGUAGAAUUGGCUUGACUUUGGUGGUGGCUGGAAUGGUUGGCUCAAUACUCUGUGGACUCUGGCUGGAUCGUACUAAAACUUAUAAAAUGACCACAUUGAUCGUCUACAUCUUGUCCUUCGUUGGAAUGGUCGUGUUCACAUUCACUCUGGAUUUGGGAUAUUUGCUUGUGAUCUUCAUAAAUGCUGGAGUUCUCGGGUUUUUUAUGACCGGUUAUCUUCCCAUUGGCUUUGAGUUUGGGGUCGAAAUCACAUACCCGGAGUCUGAGGGCACAUCCUCUGGUCUUCUGAAUGCAUUCGCACAGGUUUUUGGGAUUAUUUUUACUCUCAUCCAAGGACAGCUCAUCACCGAUUACAACCCACUCAUCGGAAACAUUUUCUUGUGCGCUUGGACCUUCCUAGGCAUCAUUCUAACAGCUUUGAUUAAAUCAGACCUCAAAAGGCACAACAUCAAUGUGGGCAACACUGACAAAGGGCAAGCAGUUCCUGAAGAGAAAGAACCCUGUGCUGCCAAACUGGAAUCCAGUUUACCUCACGACACCUCACUGUAAAUGUUUAUAAACAGCACAUGAAACAUCACAAAAAACAGAUUAUAGACUUUCCUGAGAUUACUUGAAAUUAGGGAUGUUCAUAUUGACCGGUUAACCGAAGGUAAGAAUCUAUGACCGAUUAAUAUUAUACGUUUUAAAAGACCAACAGUGUCAACACGUCCCUACAGACAUUUCACCACUUUUCUAUCCUUAAAGGGGACGUAUUAUGAAAAUCUGACUUUUUCCAUGUUUAAGUGCUAUAAUUCGGUCCCCAGUGCUUCUAUCAACCUAGAAAAUGUGAAAAAGAUCAACCCAAUAACUUAGUUUUGGUGAACCAUUUUCUGCAAUCAUGUGAAAAAAUAGCUAAUUGAAAUUUUGCUCCCCUUGUGAUGUCAGAAGGGGAUAAUACGCCCCUUAAUCUGCACUAUCCAACCACAGCACUUCCAUAAAGAGCAGAGAUCAGCUCAUUUGCAUUAAAAACAGGCAAAUUUUUGCUCACACCUACAAGGUGGCAAUUUUAACGUGUUAUAAUAAAUUAUCUAUAUUGUAUUUUGAGCUAAAUAUUCACAUAUGUACUCUGGGGACACCAAAGAUUUAUUUUACAUCCCUAAAAAAGUCUUGUAAAAUGUCCCCUUUAAUUUGUGAAUGGCCUAUAAAUGACACAAAUCAGUGCUGCCCUGUCGGUCUGGUAAAGUAAUCAUUUGUAGGAGAAAUCAUUUGUAUUGCAUAUGUGUGCGUACUUGAGUAUAGUUUGAAAGUUGCACAGAGACGAGCGCGUGUUCACAAAACAUCUCUCUUUUUGCACAAACAAACAAAAAAAGAAGAUGCAAAAGCAUAACUUUUUUUGAAAUGUGUCCUGCUUUAGAAAUAAUCACUGUGGUAGAUGAAAAGAGACAAUUUGGCAUCUUUGGAUAUUAAUCCUCUGGACAUUAUCAUAUGUCUGGCAACACUAAAUGUGCCGUAAAUCCUGGUUCUGAUGUUGAUCUGUUGCUGCUGUUUGCACAUUAAAAUUAAAAUUAAAUGUUUGUAUUGUUUACCGUGUCUUAGACAGCCGUCAACUGUAUGUUUACUCAAUGACAAUUUAAUAUUAAAAUUGCAUCAGUUAACGGUUAAUGUUCGGUUAUCAAGCCGUGGUUUUCGGUCGGGAAAAUGAACUGAAAUGAACAUCCCUACUUGAAAUCUCAUUUUUGCUGUAAUGUAGUAAUAGUCAGUAAUGUAGUAAAGUUGCCAGUGAUGUUUGUUUACAGUUCAAACAAUCUGGGCUGUAAAAUGUGGAUAAAGAAUUAUUUUAAUAACAGAACAUGCAUGGGACGUUUUAUCCAUUUCAAGAACUAUGGACCAAAUAUGGGAUGUUGAUACUGGUAAUGCCUAUAUGUACAAUCCUGUUUGUGUGAGAAAAACAGCACAGUAGUGUAUUUGUGUGUUUGCGUUGUUUCAGUGGACCUGUCCGAGUGUGGUACCAUUAUACGGGUGCAUCUGAUUGUAAUAUUUACAUUUUAGGUGUCCCUAUACCAUUUAAAGUAUUUUGUAAACUCAAAAUGCUGAGUUAUGCACAAUGGUAACGCACAAAACAAUGUAAAGGCAUAUCAAGUGCUCGUGCUACUAAACUGCUUUUAAGCUUUCAUUGCAGUGAUAAAUUGUCACGUUUUCUGAUCAGUAACAAAGACUGGAGUAUCAGAUUAUGCUUGUCUUACUGGUUUAUAAAUAGCACAAAUCAAACCAACCCAUAAGCGUAUGUUAGUUUAAAGGAAUGUGACUUGGUUAGGUUUAUGAUAGUAAGAUUUUUUUUUAAAUGUGGUAGAAAAAUCACAUUAAUUUUAAUUCCAGUGUUUUAUAAACCUAGUUUUGCUUUUUUAAGUAACUAACUGUUGUAUUUUAGAUGCAUAUUUAUUGGGAAAAAAUGCCUUUUUUGUAAAUUGUUCUUAUUUAUACAUUUUUGCUUUAGAUUUUUACUGUUGCUAUACAGUGCUCUUCGCUUAUUAAAAGCGGCUAUGUAGCUGAUUGUAAAUGAUGCUGGGAAAUUUACUGUAAGCUUAAACAUAUGUAAAUGGAAUCACAUAUGUUUUAAGGCAGCAGCACGAAGAAGCAAAACUUGAGACUUUCCAAUUAUUCGCAUUACACUCCAAACAUUGAAGGAAUGUUUCAUGGUUCCAUAAUUUCUGUAAAUAAUAAAUGGCUAAAGUUU